AUGAAUUCUGCUAUGACAUCAUCAAUGGUGGCACCCAUCAAUAUCAGUGCCAAGAAGAGAAUUGCAGAGGUUAAUUCCCCGUGCAAGUCUAAUGCAUGGUACAACACUAAUAGAAGGUUUUCGUUAUGUUCUCAUUGUACUCCAGUGGGAGUGAACACGAGGAAUGGAUUGAAAGAUGUUCCAUUGAUUAAUGGUACAACAAGAAGGAAGUUGGGGAAUGAAAGCACAGAAGAUUUUGCUACUUUCCUUCGUGGAAGUUUUGUCGAGGGCAGGUUUGUAUAUAGACAAAAUUUCUUUGUGAGGUCUUACGAAACUGGGCCAGAUAAGACUAUCUCCAUGGAGACACUCACCAACUUUCUCCAGGAAAGUGCUUUAAAUCAUGUAAGCAGCUGUGGGUUCAGUCAGAACAGUUUUGGAACUUCUUACGAGAUGGAUCUUCGAAAACUCAUUUGGGUCGUUACUCGCAUUCAGGUUCAAGUACAGAGAUAUAGCAGAUGGGGGGAUGAAAUUGAGGUUGAAACUUGGAUUGAUGUUGGCGGAAAGAAUGGGACACGAAGAGACUGGAUAAUCAGGGAUGGUUACACCAAAGAAAUCAUAGCUAAAGCAACCAGGUCCAAUAUCAUCCUCUCAUAUUCUCUAACAUAUUGUGUUCCUAAAGUUUUUCGAUUCAGAUAUCAUAAUUAG